AAUUCUCGGCCAACAGGCGCUGGUACUCCGCUAGACUGCGAUUCCAGCCACCCCCCACAUCCUUUUCUGCUCACCAGACCUCUUGGGUUACCCAGUUUUAGACAAACAGGGCAGACGAGUCCAACCCAUCCUGUCUAUGGCGCUUUGCACAUAACCUCGGUUCAAUUUGAACCUCUUCAUCCUCCAGCUUGGUCUCCACGGCGACUGCGUCAGCAGCGUUGGUGUCAAUCAGCGGCCAUUCGGCAGCAUCUUCGACAGCACUCUACUAGGGGCACUGGGGCAGAGCAAUCUUCUACUUUGUGCCUGCAAGAACAGCGAACAAACGAAGAUCCUGUCGCUUGUAGUGGCGAUGAGGACAUCAGAGAAAGGGAUUGUGUUGAUGAUGAUGACAACCUGCCUGGCUGUUAUCGUUCUGACGUGAAUAGUGAGUGGGGCGGCAGUCGUCAUUUGCUUGUUAGCCAUAUGUACGCACCUGUCUUCCUUUUCGAUCUAAGCUCGGCCGAGGCAGAACGAGAUGCGGAUGCCGAGGUGAGUCGACGAUAUCGUUAA